GCUGGUCCAAGGCGGCAAGAAAACACAUCAUCUAGAAUGUCAACGACUAUUCCUCCAUUCUUUCUUCAUCACCCAACACAAAAUCCACCGAAAUUUCCCAUCUUUUUCUUCGCAAAUCGCUUCAAAUCUUCCUUCCGGCAUUCUUCUGGGCUGAAUUCUAAAGAACUCAAAUCGAAAUUGUUGCAGGAAUCGAAGGAAUUUGAAGAUUUUACAUGUCUGUUUGUUGCGUAGAGUGUUUCGUUGGUUUGGGUUGUCUACGGUGGGGUUGGAAUCGAUGCACUCAUAUCGGUGCCGACGACAGCGCCACCUGGCCACUAGCCACCGCCGACGAGUUUGAACUUGUUCCCCAUCUCUGCCGCCUUACCCUCGCCGUCUACGAGGAAAACCUCCGCCACCCCCAAUUCCCUCCGCUUGGUGGGUACCGAUUAAACCCUGAUUUCGUAGUCAAACGUGUUACGUACGAACAAACACUCGGCCACGCGCCGCCGUAUCUCAUCUACCUUGACCACACUCGCCUGGAAAUUGUAAUGGCGAUAAGAGGGUUGAAUUUAAAGAAAGAAAGCGAUUACAAGAUGUUAUUGGAUAAUCAAUUAGGGAAACAUAUGUUUGAUGGUGGGUUUGUGCAUCAUGGGUUGUUGAAAUCGGCGGUUUGGUUGUUGAAUGAAGAAUCAGAGAAUCUUCGACGGUUGUGGGUGGAGAACGGUAGUUGUUAUAAGAUGGUGUUCGUCGGGCACUCAUUGGGUGGCGGCGUGGCGGCGUUGUUGACGGUGUUGGUGGUGAAUCAUCUGGAGAUGGUUGGCGGGAUAUCGAGAGAGAUGGUGAAGUGCUACGCCAUUGCGCCCACUAGGUGUUUGUCGUUAAACCUCGCUGUGAAGUAUGCUGACGUCAUCUAUUCAAUUAUCUUGCAGGAUGAUUUUUUACCUAGGACACCCACCCCACUUGAAGAUAUCUUUCAGUCAAUUUUCUGCUUGCCCUGCUUGCUAUUUGUGAUUUGCAUGAGGGAUACAUUCAUACCUGAAGAUACGAAGCUCAAGGAUCCCAGACGAUUGUAUGCACCCGGCCGAAUGUACCACAUUGUCGACAGAAAAUUUUGCAGAUGUGGGAGAUACCCUCCUGAAGUGAGAACAGCAAUUCCUGUUGAUGGUAGAUUUGAACAUAUCGUCUUAUCAUGCAAUGCGACAUCCGAUCAUGCAAUCAUCUGGAUUCAAAGAGAAGCCGAAAAGGCUUUGCAAAUAUUGAAUGAGAAGAGUAGUGAAUCUGUUACAAUACCACCAAAAUUACAAAGAUUCGAUAGGUUACAAUCCAUUGAAAAAGAACACAAAGUUGCGUUAGAAAGAGCGGUUAGCCUCAAGAUACCGCAUGCAGUCACGACGAAAACCCCAGAUGAGGAGGAGAAGGAGCCGUUAACGAAAACCUCAGAAGAAUGUUACAAUCAAGAGGAACUCUCUAAAAAUGACUUGCUUGUAGAACCCAGACAAAACGGAGAUGGCCCGAAUUCGAAACCGACACAAGCUAACUGGAACGAUUUAGUGGAAAGAUUGUUGGGAGAACAGGGGUCUUCACAUAAGCGGCCGCUCUACCCUGUAGCAUAAAAGGUCAGGUGUACGUACAUCUUACUUCCGAGUGAGAUAUAUCGGGCUCGUUUGGUUUGAUUUUGUAUGUAUUGAGAAUAGGAGAAACAUUACUUUGUAUAUUACAUUUUUUCCUUGUAUAUUUUUGUGCUCAUUUUUGUUGAAUGAUUCUUGUAAAAAACAUU